GAACUCUUUGCUUGUAUUAUAUGCGCUGUUCAUUACAAGAACUACAAGCAAUUUCCCCACUAAAGCCAAACGCUACAUGCAGUAAUUCCUUGACGUCACUUGGAGGACUCCCGGUCGUCAACUGUGGCUCAGAGGACGAGCAGGAGCUGCCAGCGCCGUGUAGAGAGAGAGAUUCAGAGAGAGAGAGAGAAAGCAAGAUAAACGAACGAUUCUGUGCGUGCGUGAUGGACAUUUAAACAUCUACUCAUCUGAAAUUGCAAAUUGAUAAUGGGGAAUUCAUAUGCAGGGCAGCUGAAAUCUGCUCGCUUCGAAGAGGCCCUCCACAACUCUAUCAAGGCCUCCCUACGCUCCGGCAGUGGAGACCCACAGCCCAUCUUCACUCAGCUAUACCUGGAGCCUGUCCAUUAUCCUGGCAACAUGGAGGAUAUAAAGCCCAAGGUGGACCUGUACCUGCCGUGCGGGAAGCCUCCGGGUCAGGAUCAGCUGAACGGCCAGGCCUCUAACGGUCUGGAGGUGGAUGGCAACUCUGACACCAGCAGCCCCCCGCCGCCCUACCUACAUGGCCCCUCGCCCGACAGCUGCUGCACCAUGGACGGUUUCUGUCAGGCCGGUAGAGACCUCCGUCUGGUCUCCAUGUUGACAGAGCCAAUCCAAGUCCCAGCUGGCUUUGAGUUAGUCGGUGCCAAGUCCCCCAGCAUCCCAGAGCACAUCCUGGUGUGUGCUGUGGAUCGACGCUUUCUGCCUGAUGAGAACGGGAAAAAUGCACUUUUAGGGUUUUCAGGGAACUGUGUUGGCUGUGGAGAGAAGGGGUUCCGGUACUUUACUGAGUUCUCCAACCACAUCAACCUGAAGCUAGCCACGCAGCCCAAGAAGCAGAAGCACUUAAAAUACUACCUGGUGAAGAACUGUCAGGAUGCUCUGUGCAAAGGACCCCUCAUCUGCUGGAAAGACUGUAAGACACGUCAGUUCUCCAUUAGCAGUGAAUCCACCUCCAAGCCCAACUCCUCAUCCUCCCUGAGCAUCAAGGAGAAUGGAGGCACCAACAGACACAGCUGUUCCCCCUUCUCCCUGUCAGACUCCCCAUCUACCAGAAUUCCCUCUGCAUCCUCUGUGUUCCUCUCAGCCCAGGACCUGGCCCGAGAGUGCAGCUUCCUCAAGCCCAUGGCCUCUACCCCUGGGACAGAGACUCUACCAAUAGUUCUGAGAGUGAACAGUCCGACUAGCGGACUGGGUGCAGAGGGCCGCCCCCCCUUACUGAGCCUCUCCCAGGUGUCUCUGGGAAUCCAAGGCCAGGGGUACAGAAACUCGGACCCAGGAGACAGCCCUGUUUCGUCUGCCAUGACCUCAGGCCCGCCCAAGAAGCGCCACCGCGGUUGGCACCCCAACCCCCUGGUCCCAGUCCCCCCUACAGCCGUCCCUGUGCCCGCCAUCCAACCCAUCGUCUACUCCCCAGGCUCUGUACUGGCCAUGCCUACUCCUCAGCCGCCUGUAGCAGGGGUCCUUCAGCCCCAACCUGUCACUGCCGGAGAGACUGUCAUCGUCCCCAACAACCUGCUCAACACCUCAGGAGUCCGUCCCGUCAUCCUCAUCGGGCACGGUACGUUACCAUACUUCUAUGGGAACGUGGGGGACAUUGUGGUGAGCCCCCUGCUAGUGAGCUGCUAUAAGGGAAACCAGCUGACAGAGAAGACCCUGUCCAGUCUUGGACUGAACAGUAGCCAACUGCUCAGUGUGGAAACCGUAAUCCUCCUCACCCUGCAGUACCUUGCAAGGCUAGGUUCGGAGCAGAUCCCUCUGAGGGAGGUAUUUGAGCAGAUCGUGCAGAAGGCCAUGUUGAUUUGUCCUGGAGGUCCCUCAAUCUCCCCGGCCCAGCUGCCCUGGCUAGCCCGCCUGGAGGCCAGCGUCUCUGGGGGCAGGGUUCAGGUCCUAGUCUCCCAAAACUCCCUGGGGGAGGGCAUCUCCGAGUCCCUGCGCUCACUCUGCAAUGGGCCGCUCCACCAACAGUGCCUGCCCACCUACGUGGUUAUUGUUUUUGCCUCCAAGAUGAGCGGCAAUGAGUUCUGUGUGCUCGUUCUGGGGAAGUACCAGGCAAGAGCACUAGCUGAGGGAAUGCUCACCACCAAUGAGUUCCUGAAGGAGAUCAGCUAUGAGCUCAUAACAGGAAAAGUCAGUGUCCUGGAGUCUAACUUCAAAACCACAUCACUAGGUGAGCAUAGGGAUAACCUGGACAAGCAGCUGCUACACAUCCAGCGGCAACGGAAGGGCCAGGUCAUCAAGCCCUUCCAGGGCAAUGUCACCGACCACAUCCCGUCCCAGGAGGCAGCCACCAUGGUACCUCCCUCCGAGUCAGAGCUUCUGAGUGACAUGUUUCAGAUCCACUCUCCCCAGCUGAGUGUAGCCAGGAGCCUGCUCUCCCUGGUGUGUUCCAUAGCAGACUCAGGCAGCCAGAGUUUGGACCUGGGCCGCUUCUGCAAGGUGGACUUCCUGGUUCUGGUUCCUCCGUCUCACGUCCUGGUGAACCAGACCGCUCAUCGCAUCCAACAAUCAGGAGUGCUAGUGGACCUGGGUAUAGAGGAUGCUUCCUCAGCCCACCAGACGUCAGACCAGUACGUGGUGCGUCAAGACGGAGACUUCCAUGCCAAGAUGGAGGCCUUCAUGAGGAAAGUCAAACAGAACCCCUACACCCUAUUCGUGCUCAUCCACGACAACUCCCACGUGGACCUGACCAGUGCCCGGUCCGGCUCGGUGUGCCACGGGGAGCUUCAGGGUAUAGCUGACAGGGUGGUAAACUGCCAGGAGGUCCUGGAGGCCUUGAACCUGCUGGUGCUGCAGGUCAGCUGCUUCCCCUUCACCCUGCAGACAAGACAGUCCCGCAUCAGCGUUCACAACGAGGUGCACUGGCCAGCCAACACAGGCAGCCUGGAGGAGGUCUCUCCUAAGGAGCUGAUGUACUUUGGCCUGAGGGACUACAGCAGCUCUCUGCGGUGGGGAGUGGCCAGCCCCAUCCUGCGGUGUGAUGACGCCUUCGAGAAGAUGGUCAACACGCUGCUGGAGAGACAUCCCCACCUACACAGCAUGGUGAUCAGGAGCUACCUGUUGAUCCAGCAGUACACAGAAGCCAUGAUGGCUCUGACCUCCUCUCCUUCCCUACGGGACCACAUCACCCCCGAGACCCUGGCCAUGGUGGAGGAUCUGAUCAGUGCUCCAGGCCGGGAGGGGACCAGGGGCCGGGGCCACAUGCUGCUGGUCCGGGUGCCCUCUCUGCAGCUAGCCAUGCUGGCCCAGGAGCGCUUGGAGGACGUCAGGGACAAGCUGGGUCUCCAGUUCUGCUUCGCCAUACUGCUGGGGAGCCCUGCCACCGAGCUCAGCCUUCCACGACACUUCGCUAACCGACUCAGGGCCUGGCAGGGAUGUGAAAAUGAGGACUGGAUCCCUCAAACCUAUGAGGAUCUGGAGGGUCUUCCCUGCAUCGUCAUCUUCACUGGAAAAGACCCUCUGGGAGAGACCUUCCCAAGGUCCCUGAAGUACUGUGAUCUGCGUCUGAUUGACUCCAGCUACCUGACACGUACAGCCCUGGAGCAGGAAGUAGGUCUAGCCUGCUCCUACGUGUCCCUGGGGAUGGUGCAGGAGCCCCGCAGGGCAAUGGACCCCAGGGACCAAGAGACAGACAAAACCAACGACCCCCAGGGCCCAGACCUUCACGUGGACCUGAAGAAGUCCCAGAGCAAUGUCAGCACUGCUACUAAAGCCUCCGAGAACGGGGUCAGCUCUUCUAAUGUCCCUGAAUCCUCCCAGAAGCCCUCCACCUCCUCCUGCCCCACCGGAGGCAAGGCGGGCAGCAUCAUGAUGGACUACAGGACAGUUCCGGGCACGACCUCAUCCUCCCCCUGCCGGGUCAAACAGGAGUGUGACUCCCUGGGUAAUGCCGCCCCCUGCCCCUCCAACACCCCUCCCUCCUGCUCCUCCUCUUCCUCCUCCCUCUCCUCCUCCUCUACCCAACGCCCCAGCCAGUCCACACAGUGUGGCGGGGGCAGCAAGUCACCUCUAGUCUCUCCGCGGACUGUCAUCCUGUCCGACGCAGCCUACAACCUCCUGGCUGGAGAAUCAGGGAGCCAGCUGAGCUCCUUCUCCCUGCUGCCUCAUGCUGAUGUGGGCUGGAGCAGCCUGCUGAGGCCCCGCUUCAGACCUAACCUCCAGGGGGCAGAGCAGAGCCUCUUCUAUAGACAGUGGACCGUAGCCAGGCAGCACCAUGCCGACCACGAGGCUCCCCCGGUGCCACACCCACGACGCCUGCUGCUCAGUGGACCCCCACAGGUGGGGAAGACCGGUGCCUACCUGCAGUUUCUACGCAUCCUGUUCCGCAUGUUGAUUAGACUGCUGGAAGUGGAUGUGUACGAUGAAGAGGAGCUGGAGGAAACGAUCACGGACAUGUCUGAGGCCACACCCCCAGCCAGGACCCAGUGGCCAGACAUCGAGGAGAUCCGCAAACUACCCUUUGACCUCUUCCCCAGAGACCCUAAGUUCAGAAGGGCCAGUUCCGUUUACACUGACAAGAUGCGAAAGGGCUUGAAAGAUCCUAAACUGGAAGGAGAGAGCCAAAUGCCUGUAAAGAGAGAGACUGUGUCGAUUCGGUUGAGUAUGUUCGCGGCCCACAAUGCAUUUCACCAUUGUGAGCAGUGUCAUCAUUAUUGUGAAGGAAGCCCUGCCACACAGUUGUCGGAGUGCACCUUCCACGCCUUCACAUUCUGCUCGUCCGUGCUGGGAGAGGAGGUGCAGCUCCACUUCAUCAUCCCCAAGGCCAAGGAGCAGCACUUUGUCUUCAGCCAGCAUGGCAGUCACCUGGAGAGCAUGAGGCUGCCCCUCGUCUCUGGGCAGGACCCCAGUCUGUUGAAGAGCCCCAUCUUCACCCCGACCACGGGGCGUCAGGAGCACGGCCUUUUCAACAUUUUCCACGCCAUGGAGGGCACCGCCCACCUCCACAUCCUGGUGGUCAAGGAGUACGAGAUGCAACACUACAGGAAAAAAUGGCCCAACCACAUCCUGCUGGUGCUGCCAGCCAUGUUGAACAGCGCCGGAGUCGGGGCAGCUCGGUUCAUGAUCAAGGAGCUGUCAUACCACAACCUGGAGCUGGAGAGGAACCGUCAGGAAGAGCAGGGGGUCAAGAGGCAGGACAUCUGGCCCUUCAUAGUCAUGAUGAACGACUCCUGUGUGCUCUGGAACGCACACCAACCCCAGUACAGCAGCAGUGAUAUGGCAGACGCAGGGCCCAGUCUGACCAACGUGUCUCUGAAGACGGUGCUGCAGCACAUUGAGGCUACUCCUAAGAUCUUCCUGUAUACCAUGUGUGGCACCCGCAAGUGGAGCAGUGGCCUGGCCCGCUGCCUGCCUGCCAUGCCCUUCUCCCGAUGCCACCUCCAUGACUUUGUCAUGCUCAAUGUGGACCUGACACAGAACCUCCAGUACGACCUUAACAGGUACAGCUGUGAGGAGGUGGACUUCAACCUGAGAGCCAACAGCAGUGGUCUGCUGCUCUGUCGUUUCAACCACUUUAGCCUGAUGAAGAAACACAUUCCCUUUGGAGGAAACAAGGACUUUCUGGUCAAACCCAAACUCACAGUGAUGGAGAAUCCAGCCCCCAUCAGCCCGUACCAGUAUGUCUGUGCCCCAGACAGUGAUCACACCCUCCUGGCUGCCCCGGCUCAAUUCCUCCUAGAGAAGUUCCUCCAAAGCUGCAGCCACAGACUGUUCCCCAAGGCAAUACAGAACAACAGCAACCCUGUGCUGUCCAUAGACAGUUUCCUCAACAUAGGCUCUGAGGUGUCAGUAUGCUACUUCAGCUCCAGGCCACACUCCUCUAACCUGGACCACCAGGGUCUGGUCUUCAGCGGCCUGCUGCUCUACCUGUGUGACUCCUUCGUUGUCUCUGGCCUCCUCAAGAAGUUUCACUUCCUCAAAGGUGCCACAUUGUGUGUGAUCUGCAGGGACCGUAACUCUCUGCGUCAGACCAUCAUGCGGCUGGAGUUGGAGGACGAGUGGCAGUUCCGCCUGAGGGAUGAGUUCCAGACGGCCAACUGCAGCGAGGACCGCCCCCUCUACUUUCUCACCGGACGCCAUGUUUAACCCUGAGACUGAUGCCAGACCUGCCCAGCUGCCCUCCUGUUCCAUAGACCCCAACCAGGCAGAAGGAUAACCACCAACCACUGAUCUCAGACCAGUUAACAAUCACAAUUAUUCUCUGUCUGUCAGAGGAUACAAUCACUAUUCUCAGAUCUGUUCAGCCGACCUCCUGUCACACAGACCCUAAUCAAACAGGAGGAUAGCAUCUGAUCUCAGACCACUUAACAAGCACAACAAUUCUCUGUAUGUCAGGAGAUCAGAGAGAUGUAUUGGGUCACACCCAGGCCCCAAGUGCCCUGUAUGGACACGUGGUCAUCAUCAAUGUGGAUGUAACUUCUCCUAUAUGCUCCUCUACCACGCUGCACUAUGUUCGGAACAGAAUUGUUCAGCCAGAGACUCUUAAAUAAGACUUGUGUUGGAGUCUGUCCCUGAUCUGAGCCUGUUUGAACCUGUUUGUACUUUUUUAUUUGCUGAUGUAUUUUCUUUCUGCAAAAGAUACUCUCAUCAUUGAUAAUGGGACUUAAAAUAUUGUAAAAACUCAGAUUGUAAACGUGGAGCUGUGACGAACGCAAUUCUUGUUGGUAUGUCCUGUCAUGGACGUACACUUUAUCUCAGGGUUUUUAAAGUGAGAGGCAACAACGAGUAUUCCGUCACUAGCUACUGUGUCGAUUGUUGUUACUUAUUACCCAUUAUAAACUGGGUGGUUUAUAAUAUAUCAGACCGUAUACCACGGGGUAUAACAAAACAUGUAUUUUUACUGCUCUAAUUACAUUGGUAACCAGUUUAUAAUGGCAAUAAGGCUCCUCAGGGUUUUUGGUAUAUGGUAUCCAGGAACUCCGCGUUGCGUUGUGCAUUAGAACAGCCCAAAGCCGUGGUAUAUAUCGGCCAUAUACCACACCCCCUUGGGUCUUAUUGCUUAAUUGUAAUGUUGUUGAUACCCCAAAAUAUCACCCACAGAAGACAUCCACAUCUGCACCUUGCCCUUAACCUCCUCUACUCUCCUCACUUCUCCUCUCAAAUCAAAUACAAUUUUAUUUGUCACAUA